ACGGAGUUGUGUGCCCUUAUGUUACUUUACAGGCGCUAGGUGUCGCCGGGUUUCAAUAUGGCUGCGCCCAGAAGUGAAAGCGUGAAACAGAAUGAAUUAAUAAGUUGAGACCUGCCAACAAUUAAGUAUGGGUGUGAUUGAAAUGGCCACAUCCCUUUCAGACAAUCCCUACUUCGGUGCUGGAGCAGGGUUGUUUGGACUGGGAUUUGCUACAGCCGUGCUGAGGAAAGGCUCUCAGGUUGGCAUGAUUCUGUUCAGGAGACAUUGUAUGAUGAGUAUGGAGGUUCCAAGUAAAGACAAGAGUUAUGACUGGCUACUUAACUGGAUCACAUUACGAAGCACUCGAACACAGCAUCUUAGUGUUGAGACUACUUUUACUCAAUCCGAGACUGGUCGAAUCAGUUCACAUUUUGACUUUGUUCCUAGUCCAGGUUCUCAUUUCAUUGUCCAUAAGUCAACAUGGAUUCGUGUGGAACGCACACGAGAAAAGCAAAUGCUUGACAUGCACAGAGGUGUACCAUGGGAAUCAGUAACCCUAACUGCAUUUGGUCGUGACAGAAAUUUAUUUUUCAGUAUUCUGGAGGAAGCCAAAGUUCUUGCCCUUGAACAAACAGAAGGGAGAACUGUCAUGUACACGGCUAUGGGAGCAGAGUGGCGACCAUUCGGUUACCCCAGGAAAAAGCGUCCCAUUGGGUCAGUUAUCCUAGAUAAAAGUGUUUCUGAGAGGAUAUUGACAGACAUAAGAGAAUUUACACAUAACCCUAAAUGGUACAUGGACCGAGGCAUUCCUUACAGACGAGGCUAUCUUCUGUAUGGUCCUCCAGGUUGUGGCAAAAGUAGCUAUAUUACCGCUCUAGCAGGUGAGCUGGACUUCAGUAUAUGUGUAAUGAACCUCAGUGAAAGAGGAAUGUCAGAUGACCGUCUGAACCACCUACUGACCACAGCUCCAGAACAAAGUAUUGUCCUCUUGGAGGACGUGGACGCCGCCUUCCUAAACAGGGAUUUAGCUCAGGAGAACCCGGUGGCGUACCAGGGUAUGGGUAGACUUACACUCAGUGGACUGUUGAAUGCUAUCGACGGUGUAGCAUCAGCAGAGGCCCGCAUUAUCUUCAUGACAACAAAUUAUAUAGACAGGUUAGACCCAGCUUUAAUUCGUGCAGGAAGAGUAGAUAUUAAAGAACUCAUUGAUUACAGCACACCCUAUCAAAUGCAGCAGAUGUUUCUCAGAUUUUAUCCGGACCAGUCUCAACAAAUGGCAGAAUUGUUUUCACAAACUGUAGAAAGUCAUGGAUGGAAAUGUAGUCCUGCUCAAUUACAGGGUUUAUUUCUACAGAAAAAGGACGAUCCGGCAGCUGCUAUAGACAAUACACACCUUAUAUGGUCAUCUUGAUAAUUAGAACUUCAAGUAGAAGUGAUACAAGGACCCAGAUUUCAGACAAUUGUGUAAAAGGACAAUAUAAAACAAUUGUAGUGUUUUUGGUAUUUAUUUUUCAUUAAAAUUUGAUUUGAUUGUAAAACAAUGAUAUAUUGUGAUCUUCAACAUUUUUAAUUAAAGACUCCAGUUUUUCACAUAACAAGGUAACAUUGAAAUGGUUCAUGUCCAUAAUUUACGGUGAAUAGUUGUUUGUAUGAUAGAGGUAUAUUGUUCUCGGUUAACAGGUGGUCUGGUUAAACCAAAAUAAAGUCUUUUUCAGGGCUUUG